AUGAUUUUGCUUUCUAAUAGGAUGAGAGUUAGAAGGUUGCCCUGCACAAUGGUCACAGAAAAUGAUUCCUUAAUAAACAUCAAAGGAAAUCAUGAUUUUCACCCUCCCAAUCAAGCUGAAAUUAGCGCUAAAUUGGAAUUAAAAGAAAGCUUGAAAAGGAAUUUGAACGAAAAUCCUUUUGGAGAAAUUCAACAAUGGCCAGAGACUUACUCAGCAAUGUGCCUAAAAAGAUAA